AUGGAUGUGAUCUUUUCUAUGACAGGUGAGGAAUGUUCACCUGAGCGCUGCCUUCUGGGAAAUGUAGGCGUCAAACUGCAGCUCGGCUUUAAGGUUCUGGUGCAGCUGAAGGCAGAAGAGGUGAACUGUGGAGUCCAGGUGUUGACGGAUAUUAUCUUGCGCGGAUUUCUCUUCCGGCAGGCGGAGCCUGAACUGACAACUGCUUCCGGCGUUGCUGCCGACAGCGCUCUGACUUGUGUUCGGGAAAGGCGGCGUCAGAGCCUCGGAGAACGCAAAGCUUUUGGGCAGUUUCGCCCGCCGGGAGCUCAGGGCCGGCACGUGAUCGAGCCUCGCCACCUGACAUUGGGCUCCGUCGCUGCUUAUAAUAACAUUAAAGAGAAGCAGCCUCACAGUCGAGGAGCAGAAAGUUCCCGCUCUGAUGUAACUGUAUUGGUACGGUCAGCCGUUAACGGUGGCGCCGCAGACGCAGGUGAUCGUGUGUUUGAGCUCGUGGUCGACGGUCGCUGUGUGUUUGUGUUUCAGCCCAAAGCGGUGAAGAAGAGCGGCGCUGAGGAAGAGGAGGAGCCGCUGCUGAAGGAAAACCCUCGCCGCUUCGUCAUCUUCCCCAUCAAGUACCACGACAUCUGGCAGAUGUACAAGAAGGCCGAGGCGUCGUUCUGGACCGCAGAGGAGGUGGAUCUGUCCAAGGACCUGCAGCACUGGGAGGCUCUGAAGGACGAGGAGAGGUUCUUCAUCUCGCACGUGUUGGCCUUCUUCGCCGCCAGCGACGGCAUCGUCAACGAGAACCUGGUGGAGCGCUUCACACAGGAAGUGCAGGUGACGGAGGCCAGGUGUUUCUAUGGUUUCCAGAUCGCCAUGGAGAACAUCCACUCAGAGAUGUACAGCCUCCUCAUCAACACCUACAUCAGGGAGCCCGCAGAGAGGUGAGACCGGGUUCUGGUUCUGGUCCCUGCU